CCUGUGGAGAAAUCGCUCGACAUCGUGCUGGUCAGAGACGUCGAUGGUAAAACCUUCUGGAAUGCUUUGGGCGACGUCAUUUCUCCGAGAAUCAAGAACCCUACGGGCGAUGAUGAAUCGGCGCUCUCGACUUUCCGGCGAACGUUUCAGCAGCGCGAGCUGAAGAAGGAGACGCGCAUAUGCUUGACGUGGGUGCGGCCGUCCAGAAUGCUGAUUUCGAUCUCCUCUGCUGGGUCUCCGACGGCGAUCGAUGCCGAGAUCUUGUCGAGCAACGUUAACCGGGCGCUGUUCGACGGAUUCUUCGGAAAGAAUCCUGUUUCCUCCACGCUGAAGGCGUCGGUUACUGAUGGGCUGAGGAUGAUCAUCGGUUGAUCACGUUUAAUUUGUGGUCUCUCGUUCUCAGAAAUUUGAGAUUAUUCGAGUUGUUCGAACUUUGA